CUCGGCUAUAUGAAGGCCCCACCCACCGCCCGCCGCUAGUGGGUGGUGUGUCAGCAGUGGCGUCAUUGUGGCGGUGCCGCGAAGUGCAAGAAGUUCCGGAGUCGUAUUUGUGAGCCUUGACUUCUACAAACAACACCAAGCGCCACCACCAUGCCAGGUCACAUCGUGAAGAGCACCGGGCCCGACCCCGACCCCACCGAGUUCUUGUUUGUCUCCUUGGAACAAAAGCGCAUCGACCAGACCAAGCCUUACGACGCCAAGAAGUCUUGCUGGGUCCCCGACGAGAAGGAGAGCUAUGUGCAAGGCGAGAUCCAGGGGACCAAGGGAGACCUGAUUACUGUUUGCGUUCCGGGAGGUGACACGAAAAACUUCAAGAAGGACCAGGUGACUCAGGUCAACCCUCCCAAAUACGAAAAGUGUGAGGACAUGUCCAACCUGACUUACCUUAACGAUGCUUCCGUCCUGUACAACCUGAAGACUCGUUACCAGGCCAAGCUCAUCUACACCUACUCUGGCCUCUUCUGCAUCGCCGUCAACCCCUACAAGCGUUACCCCAUCUACACCAACCGUGUCGUCAAGAUCUACCAGGGCAAGAGGCGUAAUGAGGUGCCUCCCCAUCUCUUCGCCAUCUCUGACGGCGCCUACAGUGCCAUGGUGCAGUGUCGUGAAAACCAGUCCAUGCUGAUCACAGGAGAGUCUGGUGCUGGCAAGACUGAGAACACAAAGAAGGUGCUUUCCUACUUCGCCAACGUCGGCGCUUCUGCUAAGAAAAAGGACGAGACUAAACCGAACUUGGAGGACCAGAUCAUCCAGACUAACCCUGUGCUGGAGGCCUUUGGUAACGCCAAGACCGUCCGUAAUGACAACUCUUCCCGAUUCGGUAAGUUCAUCCGCAUCCACUUCGGUCCGUCUGCUAAGCUGUCUGGUGGUGAUAUUGAAGUGUACUUGCUGGAGAAGGCUCGUGUCAUCUCCCAGCAGUCACUCGAACGCUCCUACCACAUCUUCUACCAGCUCAUGUCCGACCACGUCCCUGAAAUCAAGCCAUCUUGUCUCCUGAGCAAUGACAUUUACGACUACCACUAUGUGUCACAAGGCAAGGUCACUGUUGCUUCCAUUGACGACAAAGAAGAGAUGGACUUCACCCAUAAAGCCUUCACAAUCCUCAACUUCUCUGAUGAAGAGCGAGACAACUGCUAUAAGGUCACUGCAGCUGUCAUGCACUUCGGAGCCUGCAAGUUCAAGCAAAGGGGUCGAGAGGAGCAGGCCGAACCUGACGGUACUGAGGCUGGCCAUACUGUCGCAAAAUUGCUUGGUUGCGAUGGGGAUGAACUUUACAAGAAUCUUUGCAAGCCUAAGAUCAAGGUCGGUGCCGAGUUCGUCACUCAGGGUAGGAACGUCGACCAGGUCUCAUACUCUGUUGGUGCUUUGGCAAAGGCUAUAUAUGACCGCAACUUCAAGUGGCUUGUAAAGAAGUGUAACAUCACCCUCGAGACCGGCCAGAAGCGCGUUAUGUUCAUCGGUGUGCUCGACAUUGCUGGUUUUGAGAUUUUUGACUUCAACGGCUUCGAGCAGAUCUGCAUUAACUUCUGUAAUGAGAAGUUGCAGCAGUUCUUCAACCACCACAUGUUCGUGCUGGAGCAAGAGGAAUACAAGAGGGAAGGCAUCAACUGGACCUUCGUGGACUUCGGUAUGGAUCUGCAGGCCUGUAUCGAUCUCUUCGAGAAGCCCCUAGGUCUCCUGUCUAUCCUAGAAGAAGAGUCAAUGUUCCCAAAGGCAACUGAUAAAACCUUUGAGGAAAAGCUGAAGGUCAAUCACCUGGGCAAGUCGUCCAACUUCAUCAAGCCCAAGCCAGCUAAACCAGGCCAGAAGGAAGCCCACUUUGCCAUCGUUCACUAUGCUGGCACUGUGCCCUACAACCUUGCUGGCUGGUUGGAGAAGAACAAGGAUCCCCUCAAUGACACCGUCGUGGACCAGCUCAAGAAGGCCAGCAACGCCCUCUCUGUGGAACUUUUUUCUGACCAUCCCGGCCAGUCCGGUGAUGCGACAGGCGGCAAAGGCGGACGUGGCAAGAAGGGAGGUGGCUUCACUACUGUAUCAUCUGGAUACAGGGAGCAACUAAACAACCUGAUGAAAACCCUGAAUGCCACUCAGCCUCACUUCAUCCGUUGUAUUGUACCCAAUGAGACCAAAUCUCCUGGUGUCGUUGAAGCUCCUCUGAUUAUGCAUCAGCUGACUUGUAAUGGUGUGCUUGAGGGCAUCCGUAUCUGCCGAAAGGGCUUCCCCAACAGAAUGGUCUACCCUGACUUCAGGCAUCGUUACCGUAUCCUGGCUGCAAAGGCCAUGGCCGCCUGUGACGAAGACAAGAAGGCGGCAGCUGUCUGUCUCGAAGCUGUUAAACUGCCAGAGGAUAAUUACCGUCUUGGCAACACUAAGGUGUUCUUCCGAGCUGGUGUCUUAGGUUCUCUUGAGGAGAUUCGAGAUGAUCGUCUGGCUCAGGUUUUGUCCUGGAUGCAGUCAUGGAUUCGUGGAUACACCAGCCGUAUCCAGUACCAGAAACUCCAAGAGCAGCGUGUUGCCCUCAUUGUUGUUCAGCGCAACCUGAGGAAGUACCUCAAGCUCCGCAACUGGGCUUGGUACCGCAUGUGGCAAAAGGUCAAGCCACUCCUCAAUGUAACUCGUGUUGAGGACGAGAUGCGCGCCCUCGAGGAGAAAGCAGCCAAGGCCCAGGAAGACUAUGAACGUGAAGCUAAACUUCGUAAGGAACUCGAGACCGCCAAUGCAUCGCUGCAGGAAGAGAAGAAUAAUUUACUAGCAACCCUUGAGUCAACAAAAGGCAACGUUUCUGACUUUCUGGACAAGCAAGCUAAACUACAGAGCCAGAAAGCUGAUCUUGAGGCCCAGUUGAAUGAAACAAAUGAGCGUCUUCAGAAGGAGGAGGAAGCUCGCAAUCAGCUCUUCCAGGGAAAGAAAAAGACUGAUCAAGAAAUUUCAGGUCUUAAGAAAGAUCUUGAGGAUCUUGAACUUGCUAUGCAGAAGUCCGAGCAAGACAAGAACACUAAAGAUCAUCAGAUCCGCAACCUGAACGAUGAGAUUGCCCAUCAGGACGAACUCAUCAACAAGAUUAACAAGGAAAAGAAACAUCUUCAGGAGUGCAACCAGAAGACAGCUGAAGACCUCCAGAAUGUGGAGGAUAAGUGCAACCACCUCAACAAAGUCAAAGCCAAGCUUGAGCAAACACUUGAUGAACUUGAGGAUUCUCUUGAACGAGAGAAGAAAAUGCGGAGUGAGAUGGAGAAAUCAAAGCGGAAGGUUGAAGGUGACCUCAAGCUUACGCAAGAGGCUGUUGCUGAUCUUGAGCGGAAUCAAAAGGAAUGUGAACAGACAAUCCAACGUAAGGAGAAGGAGAUUGCAGCAGUAUCUAGCAAACUCGAGGAUGAACAAGGCUUAGUUUCUAAACUGCAAAAACAAGUAAAGGAAAUGCAAGCUCGCAUCGAAGAGGUUGAGGAAGAAGUGGAACACGAACGCCAGGCUCGUUCAAAGGCUGAAAAGUCGAAGACUCUUCUCGGCCGUGAACUGGAGGAGCUUGGUGAACGUCUGGAUGAAGCUGGAGGUGCUACUGCUGCGCAGAUUGAGCUGAACAAGAAACGUGAAGCUGAACUGGUUAAGCUUCGUCGUGAUCUUGAGGAGGCAACAAUUCAAAAUGAAGCCUCACUGGCUAAUCUUCGCAAGAAGCACAAUGACGCUGUGUGUGAAAUGUCUGACCAGAUUGACCAUCUCAACAAAAUGAAAGCUAGGACUGAGAAGGACAAGGAAGCUAUGAAGAGAGAAGCCGAUGAUGCAAGAGCUGCUAUGGACUCUCUAAUGCGUGACAAGGCGGCCGGCGAGAAAACAGUCAAGCAACUGCAGCACGAAGUGAAUGAGCUUCAUUCAAAACUUGAUGAAGCCAACCGCACCCUCAACGACUUUGAUGCUUCAAAGAAGAAACUUGCAAUCGAAAACUCGGACCUUCUCCGGCAGCUGGAAGAGGCCGAGAGCCAAAUUGGCCAGCUGUCUAAGAUCAAGCUGUCUCUAUCCAACCAGCUGGAAGACACCAGGAAGCUUGCUGAUGAUGAGAGCAGGGAACGUGCUACUCUUCUUGGCAAGUUCCGUAAUCUGGAGCAUGAUAUUGACGGUCUUCGAGAACAACUGGAUGAGGAAAGUGAAGGCAAAGCUAAUCUGCAGCGCCAACUGUCUAAGGUUAACACUGAGGCACAGAUGUGGCGUGCUAAGUAUGAGUCUGAAGGAAUUGCUCGUGUUGAGGAGCUUGAAGCAUCACGAAUGAAGCUGGCAGCUCGACUUGAGGAAGCUGAAGGGCAAAUUGAACAACUUAAUGUUAAGAAUAUGAAUCUUGAGAAAGCUAAGCAGCGCAUCAGCACUGAACUCGAGGACAUGCAAAUUCAGUGCGAACGUGCACAAGCACUUGCUGAUGCUGCUGAAAAGAAGCAGAAGAACUUCGAUAGAAUCAUCAGCGAGUGGAAAAUGAAGGUUGACGACUUAGCUGCUGAGCUUGAGGCUUCACAGAAGGAGUGUCGCAACUAUUCUACUGAACUCUUCCGAAUCAAGGCCGCCUAUGAGGAGAAUCUUGAACAACUUGAUUCUGUUCGUCGUGAAAACAAGAAUCUUGCCGAUGAAAUCAAAGACCUAAUGGAUCAGAUUGGCGAAGGUGGACGAUCUCUCCAUGAGGUCCAGAAGAAUGCAAGACGCCUUGAGAUUGAGAAGGAGGAACUUCAGGCUGCCCUUGAGGAAGCUGAAGCUGCCCUGGAACAGGAGGAGAAUAAGGUGCUUCGUGCACAGCUUGAGCUUAGUCAGGUCAGGCAGGAGAUCGACAGACGCAUUCAGGAGAAGGAGGAGGAAUUCGAAAACACAAGAAAGUGCCACCAACGUGCUAUCGAUUCAAUGCAGGCUUCGCUUGAAGCAGAAGCAAAGGGCAAGGCUGAAGCUCUUCGUAUGAAGAAGAAGCUGGAGUCUGAUAUCAAUGAGCUGGAGAUUGCCCUCGACCACUCUAACAAGGCUAAUGCUGAUUUGCAAAAGCAAAUCAAGAAGAUUCAGGGCGACAUGAGAGAUGUCCAGACUCGUCUUGAGGAGGAGCAGCGACUUUCCUCCGAAUAUCGCGAUCAGUAUUGCAUCGCCGAGCGCCGGGCCAAUGCUCUUCAUGGCGAGCUGGAGGAAUCUCGCACUCUGCUCGAGCAGUCAGACCGCGGCCGCCGUCAGGCUGAGGCCGAACUUGCUGAAGCUCACGAGGCUGUCAAUGACCUCAAUGCACAGAACGGCUCCUUGACAGCCUCAAAGAGGAAACUCGAAAGUGAUGUGCAGACAAUGCAGGCUGAUCUCGACGAAAUGCUGAACGAGGCCAGGAACUCGGAGGAGAAGGCCAAGAAGGCCAUGGUUGACGCCGCUCGCCUGGCCGACGAGCUCCGCGCCGAACAAGAACACGCCCAGAACCAGGAGAAGAUGCGCAAGGCCCUGGAGGUUUCCGUUAAGGAACUGCAGACCCGCCUUGAGGACGUCGAGAACAAUGCCAUGAAGGCUGGCAAGAAGGCUGUUGCCAAGCUGGAAAGCCGGGUCAGCGAACUGGAAAGCAACCUUGAUACCGAGUCUCGCCGUCACGCCGACGCCCAGAAGAACCUGAGGAAGUGCGAGAGGCGCAUCAAGGAACUCAGCUUCCAGUCUGAAGAGGACAAGAAGAACCACGAGAGGAUGCAGGACCUGGUCGACAAGCUCCAGCAGAAGAUCAAGACCUACAAGCGCCAGAUCGAGGAGGCCGAGGAGAUCGCCGCCCUCAACCUGGCCAAAUUCCGCAAGGUCCAACAAGAGCUGGAGGAGGUUACCAGCAGCGUUGUCGGGAAUGUAAAGUUAUCUCUUAGUACCGUCCCUCCAAUGUGCACCAUGUUAAGGUAUCCUGUUCGGGUAACGGCAAAACUCAUGGAAGCAGAUAAGUGGAUUCUGUCGAUGAAAAAAGAACAUAGAGAACUUCAACUUCACCGUAUUCAUGGUGUACGAGGAGAAAAAAUCGGGAUGGUUGAAACAAGAUAUGAGGAUAUCUUUGAGAGUUGUCACAGGAUUAAACACAGUCGGAGAGAUCACAAAGGCGAAGGGGACGAUGGUGACGGUCGUUAUGUUAAUGAAAAGAAAUAUAAUUAUAUUGGUCUGAAUAAUAACGGCACUGAUAAUGAUGAUGAUGGCAAUGCUGUUACUACUGCUGUUGAUCCUGUUGCUGCUUCUGCUGCUCCUGCUACUGGUAUUCCUGUUGCUGCUGCUUCUGCUUAUAUUGCUUCUGUUGCUCUUGUUGCUGUCCUUGUUGCUCCUGUUCCUGCUGCUGCUUUUGCUGCUCCUGCUGUUGCUGCUGCUCCCGCUGCUACUAUGACUAUCGAAAGGGAUAUGUACACCCACAAGGGCCUUGCUGCUCAGUGGUCGCUGAGGGGACCGUGGUCUGCUAGGGUGGUGUGGCAAGGUUUUAGAAGUAGCGGGCCAGAAAGGAUGCCAAAUAUAGCCGCCACCAGCAUGCCAGGCCACGCCGUGAAAAGCACGGGACCUGAUCCUGACCCCUCAGAAUUCCUGUACGUUUCCCUGGAGCAGAAGCGCAUCGACCAAACCAAGCCUUACGACGCGAAGAAGUCCUGCUGGGUCCCCGACGAGAAGGAAAGUUAUGUCUUGGGCGAAAUUCAGGGAACCAAGGGCGACCUGAUAAGUGUCAGCGUUCCGGGAGGAGAAACGAAGAACUUCAAGAAGGACCAAGUGACCCAGGUCAACCCACCUAAGUAUGAGAAGUGCGAGGACAUGUCCAACCUGACCUACCUUAACGAUGCCUCUGUCUUGUACAAUUUGAAGAGUCGCUACCAGGCUAGACUUAUCUACACCUACUCUGGACUCUUCUGCAUCGCCGUCAACCCCUACAAGCGCUUCCCCAUCUACACCAACCGCACCGUCAAGAUCUACCAGGGCAAGAGGCGUAAUGAGGUGCCUCCUCACCUGUUCGCCAUUGCUGAUGGUGCCUACAUGGCCAUGAUUCAAGGUGGAAAUAACCAGUCAAUGCUGAUCACUGGGGAGUCUGGCGCCGGCAAGACUGAGAACACGAAGAAGGUGCUGUCCUACUUCGCCAACGUCGGCGCGUCAACUAAGAAGAAGGAAGGCGAGAAUAGACCGAACUUGGAAGAUCAGAUUGUCCAAACAAACCCUGUCCUGGAGGCUUUUGGCAACGCUAAGACAGUUCGAAACGACAAUUCUUCUCGCUUUGGCAAGUUCAUCCGCAUCCACUUCGCCCCCAACGGCAAGCUCUCGGGCGGCGACAUCGAGGUGUACCUGCUGGAGAAGGCUCGCGUCAUCUCCCAGCAGUCUCUCGAACGCUCCUACCACAUCUUCUAUCAAUUAAUGUCCGACCAGGUCCCAGAUAUUAAACCUUUGUGUCUCCUGAGUAACGAUAUCUACGACUACCACUAUGUGUCUCAAGGCAAAGUCACUGUCGCUUCCAUCGACGACAAAGAAGACAUGGAGUUCACUCACCAAGCCUUCAGCAUUCUGAACUUCAGCAAGGAAGAACGAAAUGAUUGCUACAAGGUGACAGCGUCUGUCAUGCAUCUCGGCAACUGCAAGUUCAAGCAGAGGGGUCGCGAGGAACAAGCCGAGCCUGACGGCACUGAUGCCGGCAAUUUAGUGGCAAAAUUGCUUCUCUGCGAUGGCGACGAACUGUACAAGAAUUUGUGCAAACCUAAGAUCAAGGUCGGCGCCGAAUUUGUAACUCAGGGCAGAAACGUAGAUCAAGUGACCUACUCUGUCGGUGCCAUGGCUAAGGCGCUGUUCGAUCGCGUCUUCAAAUGGAUGGUCAAGAAGUGCAACGUCACACUCGAAACUGGACAGAAGCGCGCCAUGUUCAUCGGAGUGCUUGAUAUCGCUGGUUUUGAGAUCUUCGAUUUCAACGGCUUCGAGCAGAUCUGCAUCAACUUCUGUAACGAGAAGUUGCAGCAGUUCUUCAACCACCACAUGUUCGUGCUUGAGCAGGAGGAGUACAAGAAGGAGGGAAUUGACUGGCAGUUCGUCGAUUUCGGUAUGGAUCUGCAGGCCUGCAUUGAACUUUUCGAGAAGAAAAUGGGCAUUCUCUCCAUCCUGGAGGAGGAGUCCAUGUUCCCAAAGGCAACGGACAAAACCUUUGAGGAGAAACUGAAGACCAACCAUCUGGGCAAGUCUCCCUGCUUCAUCAAGCCCAAACCUGCAAAGCCCGGCCAGGCCGAGGCCCACUUCGCCAUCGUCCACUACGCCGGCACGGUGCCCUACAACCUCUCCGGCUGGCUCGAGAAGAACAAGGACCCCCUCAACGACACCGUCGUUGACCAGCUCAAGAAGGCAGGCAACGCUCUCAUCGUGGAGCUGUUCGCUGACCACCCCGGCCAGACCGGUGACGCCGGUGGCGGAAAAGGUGGACGAGGCAAGGGAUCAGGUGGCUUUAAAACGGUGUCGUCUGGGUAUAGGGAUCAGCUAAACAACCUGAUGAAGACCCUGAACUCAACGGAGCCUCAUUUCAUCCGCUGCAUUGUCCCCAACGAGACUAAGUCACCAGGCGUUGUUGAGGCUCCCCUCGUUAUGCACCAACUGACCUGCAACGGUGUGCUCGAGGGCAUCCGUAUCUGCCGCAAGGGCUUCCCCAACAGGAUGCCUUACCCUGAUUUCAGGCACCGCUACAAGAUCCUGGCCCCCAAGGAGAUGGCUGAGGGCACCGAGGAUAAGAAGGCAGCCAUGGCGUGCUUCGAUAAGGCUGGUUUAGACGCAGAAAUGUAUCGCUGUGGCAACACCAAGGUAUUUUUCCGCGCUGGAGUGCUUGGUAAUCUCGAAGAAAUUCGUGACGACCGGCUUUCAAAGAUUUUGUCUUGGCUUCAAGCCUGGAUCCGAGGCUUCUCUGGCAGGAGAUCCUACGAGAAACUUAUGGAACAGAGGACCGCUCUCAUCGUUGUUCAGCGCAACUUGAGGAAGUACAUGCGUCUGCGCAACUGGGGUUGGUUCCGCAUGUGGCAGAGGGUGAAGCCUUUGCUCAACGUUACUCGCGUAGAGGAUGAAAUCCGAGCCCUCGAGGAGAAGGCAGCCAAGGCUCAAGAAAAUUAUGAACGCGAAGCCAAACUUCGCAAGGAACUUGAAGCAGCCAACGUAGCCUUGUUGGAAGAGAAGAACAACCUCUUGGUCACCCUUGAAUCUACCAAGGGCAACGUUUCUGAUUUCCUGGAUAAGCAAGCUAAACUUCAGGCCCAGAAGACCGAUUUGGAGGCGCAGCUCAAGGAAGUAACGGACCGCUUACAGAGGGAAGAGGAAUCUCGAAAUCAGCUCUUCCAGGGCAAAAAGAAAACCGACCAAGAAAUUGGCGGUUUGAAGAAGGAUGUGGAAGAUCUUGAACUCGCUGUUCAAAAGGCUGAACAAGACAAAUCUACCAAGGACCACCAGAUCCGCAACCUGAACGACGAAAUCGCCCACCAGGAUGAGCUAAUCAACAAAAUCAACAAGGAAAAGAAACAUCUCCAGGAAUGUAACCAAAAGACUGCCGAGGAUCUGCAGAACGUCGAGGACAAGUGCAAUCACCUAAACAAAGUUAAAGCAAAGCUUGAGCAGACACUUGAUGAGCUCGAGGACUCUCUUGAGAGAGAGAAGAAACUUCGGGGAGAGGUUGAAAAGUCCAAGAGGAAGGUUGAGGGCGAUUUGAAACUGACUCAGGAAGCCGUUGCUGAUCUCGAACGCAACCAGAAAGAACUGGAACAAACUGUUCAGCGAAAGGACAAAGAAAUCUCGUCAAUUUCCUCAAAGCUAGAGGAGGAGCAAGGUUUGGUUGGAAAGAGCCAGCGCCAGGUCAAGGAACUCCAAGCUCGCAUCGAAGAGCUCGAGGAAGAAAUUGAACACGAGCGUCAAUCGCGCUCGAAGUCCGAGAAAUCGAAAACGCUGCUUGCACGCGAACUGGAAGAGCUCGGCGAGCGGCUGGACGAGGCCGGAGGCGCCACCGCCGCCCAGAUCGAACUCAACAAGAAGCGAGAAUCUGAACUGGUGAAACUGCGCCGUGAACUAGAAGAGGUGAACAUUCAGAAUGAGGCCGCAGUCGCUGGGCUGCGAAAGAAGCAUAAUGAUGCCGUUGCCGAAAUGUCGGAUCAGAUCGAUCACCUGAAUAAAAUGAAGGCUAGGGCUGAAUCUGAUAAGGAGGCUCUGAAACGAGAGGCUGAUGACGCCAAGGCUGCCAUGGACGCUCUCUCUCGCGACAAAGCCGCAGCUGAAAAGAGCAUCAAGCAACUUCAGCAUGAACUGAAUGACUCGCACUCAAAGCUGGACGAGGCCAACCGCACGCUCAAUGACCUGGAUGCCUCGAAGAAGAAACUGGUGGUUGAGAACGGUGACCUCCUCCGCCAAGUUGAAGAGGCCGAGGGCCUCAUCAAUCAGCUCAACAAGAUCAAGAUAUCGCUGUCAAACCAACUCGAAGAUACAAGAAGGCUUGCCGACGAAGAGUGCAGGGAACGAGCAACGCUACUUGGAAAGUUCCGCAAUCUGGAACAUGACAUCGACGGCCUCCGAGAGCAGUUGGAGGAGGAGAGUGAAGGCAAGGCUGACCUCCAGCGCCAGCUCUCCAAGUCCAGCGCCGAGGCCCAGAUGUGGCGUGCGAAGUAUGAGCAGGAGGGAGUGGCUCGCGUCGAGGAGCUCGAGGCGGCUCGCAUGAAGCUUGCAGCUCGCCUCGAAGAGGCCGAGACUCAGAUUGAACAGCUGAAUGUCAAGAACAUGAGUCUGGAGAAGGCUAAGCAGCGGAUAUCCGCAGAACUUGAUGACAUGCAGGUCCAGCUUGAGAAGGCACAGAACCUCGCAAACGCAGCCGAAAAGAAGCAGAAGAACUUCGAGAGGAUCAUCUCUGAGUGGAAAAUGAAAGUUGAUGAUCUUUCUGCAGAACUUGAAAGUUCCCAGAAGGAGUGUCGCAAUUACUCUACUGAGCUCUUCCGCGUGAAGGCCUCCUAUGAGGAGAACCUUGAGCAGCUCGACUCUGUUCGGCGAGAAAACAAGAAUCUCGCGGAUGAAAUCAAGGACCUGAUGGACCAGAUCGGCGAGGGCGGGCGAUCCCUCCACGAGCUCCAGAAGAAUGCCAAGCGUCUUGAAAUCGAAAAGGAGGAACUUCAAGCCGCACUCGAGGAGGCCGAGGCUGCCCUGGAACAAGAGGAAAACAAGGUUCUUCGUGCACAGCUUGAACUUAGCCAGGUUAGGCAGGAGAUCGACAGACGCAUUCAAGAGAAGGAAGAAGAAUUCGAAAACACACGGAAAUGCCACCAGCGUGCUAUUGACUCUAUGCAAGCAUCUCUUGAAGCUGAGGCCAAGGGCAAAGCUGAAGCUCUUCGACUGAAGAAGAAACUGGAGUCUGAUAUCAACGAGCUUGAAAUUGCCCUCGACCACUCCAACAAGGCCAAUGCUGAUCUGCAGAAACAUAUCAAGAAGGUUCAGACGGAAAUGCGCGACGUGCAGACCCGGCUGGAAGAGGAGCAGCGCGUGUCCUCUGAGUACCGCGACCAAUGCUGCAUUGCUGAGCGCAGGGCCGGCGCCCUCGCCGGAGAGCUGGAGGAGUCGAGGACGCUCCUGGAGCAGUCUGACCGCGGGCGUCGCCAGGCUGAGGCUGAACUCGCUGAGUCCCAAGCUCAAGUGAGCGACCUCAAUGCUCAGAACAGCUCCCUGGUUCUUUCAAAGAGGAAACUGGAAGGAGAAAUGCAAACCUUGCAGGCUGAUCUUGACGAAAUGCUGAACGAGGCCAGGAACUCGGAGGAGAAGGCCAAGAAGGCCAUGGUUGACGCCGCUCGCCUGGCCGACGAGCUCCGCGCCGAACAAGAACACGCCCAGAACCAGGAGAAGAUGCGCAAGGCCCUGGAGGUUUCCGUGAAAGACCUGGAGAUCCGCCUCGAAGAAUGCGAAACCAACGCCAUAAAGACCGGCAAGAAGGCCGUCGCCAAGCUGGAGAGCAGAGUCCGCGAGUUGGAGACUCAGCUGGACGACGAGAGUCGCCGCCACGCUGACGCCCAGAAGAACCUGAGGAAGUGCGAGAGGCGCAUCAAGGAGCUCAGCUUCCAGUCUGAAGAGGACAAGAAGAACCACGAGAGGAUGCAGGACCUGGUCGACAAGCUCCAGCAGAAGAUCAAGACCUACAAGCGCCAGAUCGAGGAGGCCGAGGAGAUCGCCGCCCUCAACCUGGCCAAGUUCCGCAAAGUCCAGCAGGAAUUCGAAGAACUCCAGAGUACUGUUUAAACCGGAACUGCAGUCAUCUACUUGAAAGAACGGGAAAUGGUGAUCCAGCUUAACAGUGUUUGUUUAACACUGACAAUACUGACAUUUUGCGAAUGACUUAGUGAACAGAUGUAAUAAGCAGUACAUCCUUAAAUUCUUCUUUUUAAGUCUUACCAGGAAUUCGAAAUUGAAGCAGGACAGAUAUAAUAAAAGUGUAUAUUGGAUCUAAUAAAUUAUACAUUAUUAGACGUCA